CACAUUCCCAACUCAUUCAGUUUGGAAAGAAUCCCAAAAGUUUACUUUGUCUUUUUAUCUUUGUCUCUCUGUUUCUAUUUUCAAUCGUGUAUUCUUUGAUCGUCCCUUCUUCACUUUCAAUCAAUGACACAACAGUCUGAUCGCCGGAUUUUGAAGUUUCCGGCCGUUCAUCCCUGUGAAUACGUCUCGCCGGUAACCCUUCUCCGUGAUCUCAUUAGUCUCUCUCGUGAAAUCAACGAUUACCAGUUGAAGGUAGUCGCGAUCCAUAAGCGACAUGCGCGAGAAACGAUUCGCCAAAUUGGACUUCUCCUCAUCUUCUUUGAAGAAGUUUGGGACCGUUGUCGAUCGUCUCUUCCGGAUUCAGUCGUUCUCUGCUUCUCCGAGCUCCAUAUCGCCUUACAAAAGUUCCGGUAUUUAUUAGAAGACUGCACCCGUGAAGGUGUUCGGCUUUGGGUUCUGAUGAAGUGCGAGCGCAUCUCGACCGAGUUUCGCAUUUUGAUCCGAGCCAUCGCUACGGCGCUCGACGUUCUCCCUUUGGACUCCAUAGACGUCCCAAUAGAAGUGAGGGAAUUGGUCGAAUUAGUAGCCAAGCAGGCGCACAAGGCAAAAUUUGAUGUCGACCCAGAUGACGAACUCGCCGCCAGGAGUGUUCUUUCGAUUCUAAAUCAAUUUGAGAACGGGGUUUCGCCCAACCCCAAUGAUCUCAGGCGUGUUCUGGACCAUCUCCAGAUCCGAAGCUGGAACGAGUGCAAUGACGAGAUCAAAUUCUUGGACGAGGAGAUUGAUUUGGAGAGCUCGGAUGGAUACGACAGGGAGGUGCUGCUCCUGAGCAGUCUGGUGGGAUUUAUGAGCUAUUGCCGUGCCGUGAUGUUCGAUGCUGUGGAUGGCAGAAGCACCAACAGAUUGGAAGCAAGAUACGACUCGGAAGUGCUUAGUUGCCUGAACCCAGAGGAUUUCCGAUGUCCCAUCUCUCUUGAGAUUAUGACCGAUCCUGUAACCGUAUCAACCGGGCAGACCUACGAUCGCUCAUCGAUUCAAAAGUGGCUCAGGGCCGGACACAGCACCUGUCCCAAAACAGGGGAGAAGCUAACAAAUACAGAGUUGGUCUCCAACACGGCUCUCAGAAAGCUUAUCCGGCAGUUCUAUUCUGAUAACCGGAUUCCAGUUGCAGAAACAGGCAACCGGAACCGUGAUAUAACAAGGACAAAUCUUUCGGGAAGCCCAGCGGCCGCGGAAGCCAUGAAAAUGCUUGCAAAUUUUCUAGUUGGCAAGCUUGCUGAAGGAACAGAUGAAGAGAAGAACAAGGCCGCUUUUGAGAUCAAGUUGCUUGCAAAAUCAAACAUAUUCAAUAGGUCUUAUUUGGCAGAUGCGGGCACAAUCCCAUAUCUCCUAAAGCUGCUUCCUUCAACCGAUCCAUCAACACAACUGAAUGCUAUGACAGCCCUGUUGAACCUUUCAAAGCAUUCCAGGAGCAAAAUGUUGAUUGUCGAGAGCAGUGGAUUGGAUUUGAUUCUCAAUGUUCUAGGAGAGGGAAUAACGGUGGAAUCUCGGCAGAUUGCUGCUGCUACACUCUUUUACCUUUGCUCAGUCGAGGAGUACCGGAAACUGAUCGGAGAAAUACCAAAUGCAAUUUCUUCCUUGGUAGAGCUCAUCAGGAUUGGAACACACCGUGGGAAGAAGAAUGCUGUGGUUGCAAUUUAUGGGCUUCUUCUCCUUCCGGAGAACCAUCAGAGGGUGCUGGCAGCCGGAGCAGCUCCAUUGCUGGUCGAUCUGUUGGCAUCGUCUGAGAGAUCUGAUCUUAUAACCGAUUCUCUAGCGGUGCUAGAAAGGCUAGGAGAGAAACCGGACGGAACGAUGGCAAUUCUCUGCACCUCUGCUCUACCUCUUUUCGUGGGAAUUCUACGCUCUUCGACGUCUCGUGCAGCGAAGGAGCAUUGCGUUUCAUUGUUGCUGUCCCUAUGCAUCAACGGUGGCGCAGAAGUGAUUGCCAUUUUACAGAAGACCGCCUCGCUCAUGCCAUCAUUGUACUCUCUUCUUACAGAAGGCACCUCCCGUGCAAGUAAGAAGGCCAGUUCACUCCUCAGUAUCCUCCAUGAAUUCCACAACCCAAGCUCGCCUGGUUUAUUGACUCAGGCAGUGCGACAAGAACGAAUCGUUCACGUACAAUAGCUCUCCUUUUUUCUCGUUAUUCCUUUUUGGUUCUUGACAGUAUUCUUUUCAAAGCAUCUACCCGUGUAAAGAUAGUGGGUGCUUUGUUUUUUGUUCCUUUUUCAGGUUGAAUUUUGUGAUAUUAGCUCGGUUUUUUGAAGAGCUAAAGUUUGCCAGGCUUCUGAUUAUGAAGCUCAAUGUAUAUAAUACAAUAUACGAUGUAUUGUAUUUUUUUAAGAAUAAUACCA